ACCAGGAGAAAUUUGGAGUGGACCGGUGGCUCACGGCGAUCAGAACGGCGAUGUGGAGCGCGUUGUCAAACGCGCCACCCGUCUGCUGUCUCCACGGAUCUUCUCUCUCCCCGUCGUCUGAGCCCUUCGGCUGCUCAUCCAUGGCUGCGUCUGCUCGAAUCGCGGUUGUCGGAGACGUUCACGAUGAUUGGAGUCUAAAGGAAGAUACGAGGGCACUUCAGUUUUUGCAGCCUGAUUUGGUGCUGUUUACAGGUGAUUUUGGUAACGAGAAUGUUGAACUUGUUAGAAGCGUUGCAAAUCUUGAAAUGGCUAAAGCAGUAAUACUGGGUAAUCAUGACACCUGGACUACUAAACAAUUUUCAGCAACGAAAAAAGACUCUGUUCAACUUCAGCUUGAAUGUCUCGGUGAGGAGCAUGUAGGUUACGGACGCCUGGACUUUCCUGCAUUAAAGCUGAGCAUUGUUGGUGGACGACCAUUUUCUUGUGGUGGUGACCAGUUGUUUCGGAAAAAGCUUUUGACUGCAAGAUAUGGAGUUGCUGACAUGGAUGGAAGUGCAAAGAGAAUCUGUAAAGCUGCUCUGCCGAAGCCGGAGGAUCAUUCUGUUAUAUUUCUUGCACAUAAUGGACCCACAGGUUUAGGUUCUAAGAUAAAUGACAUCUGUGGCAGAGAUUGGGUCUUUGGAGGUGGUGACCAUGGUGACCCAGAUUUAGCACUAGCCAUUUCCCACUUGAAAGAGACAACCAACUUAUCUAUCCCUUUGGUUGUGUUUGGUCACAUGCACAAAGAGCUAGCACAUGGAAAUGGUCUUCGAAGAAUGAUUGUCGUAGGGACCGACAACACUAUAUAUCUAAAUGGGGCCAUUGUUCCUAGGGUUAAAAUGAUUGAUGAACAAGGAACCAGCGAGAGAUGCUUCAUGAAUAAAGAAACCCCUAUUUUGAACCCCAACUCAAAAGGCACAACACGAGCUUUCACUUUAGUUGAGAUUUUGAAUGGAAGACUGCAGAGAAUUGCAGAAACUUGGGUGUCAGUUAUUGGAGAUGAAGCAACAUUCGAAGAAGAGCACAUAUUAUUCAAGAGCGGCACUGAGCUUUCUCCAUGAUGGUGUCCCAGUUGCGGUGCAGCCACCGCCUGUCCUCUAAAUUGCUCCUGUACCAUGCAUGCUAAUCUUUUUGCUAAGAAAUUCGCUUUUUAGUAAUUCUCAAGUUCCUAUGGGUUACUGCAAUUUUGGCUGUUUCUAUAGCUGCUAGAGAAAUACAGUUUUUUGUAAUGUGCUCCCUAUGCAAUUGGAAAUUUGAUGCUGGAAAGGAGUGGGUUUCCCCAAA